AUGUUUGCUUUGGGCGAAGGGGAUAUUCUCUUAUUACGGAAAUUAUUGAGCGUUGAUCGUAUUGUUGACCAUAUCAACAGCCAAGUAUACAUGCGACACGCCAUCGAGUCUGGAAACAUUGAACAAGUCAAAAUCCUCCUCACAGCCAACACCACUAUCCCGGACCUACUGCAGAACCCAGAAGGAAAGCCAUUUCUAGAGACUGCGUUAUAUAUUGCCGGCGAAGCGGGAAACAUGGAGCUUGUGGACCUUUUGCUCAAAGCCGGUGCAAAUGUGAACCAGACACCAGCUUCUCGCCAAGGAGCGACGGCAUUGCAGUCUGCCGCAAUUCAGGGUUACAUUGGAAUUUCCCACAAGCUACUCGAUGCUGGUGCUAACGUCCAAGCCCCUAGGGCUGAGCGGUAUGGAAGAACAGCUCUUGAGGGUGCUGCUGAACAUGGCCGAUUGGACAUGCUACAACUUCUCUUGAAUGAGGGGGUGCUGAUCGAGGGGGAUGGCCGGAUUGAGUAUAUCAGGGCCAUCAAGCUGGCUCAACAAGAUUGCCACUAUGCCGUUGCUACGUUUCUUGAAUCAUCCUCUGAUUGGACUGACAUAGAUUCCGCUUGCUAUGAAGAGCAACUGUUUGAUUUUGAGGAGGCUCGUAAAUUGGAUUCUGCGCCACGGGAACAUAUGAUUGAUUAUGAAGAGGAUGAUAUGCUGGAUGGAACGAAGGAGAAACCGUUGAGCCAGAGUGUGUUCCAGCCCCGAUGGCUGACAAGGCACGAGUGGUCUCAACAUCGAUCCGUGCGUGGCUCCAGUAAUAACAAUCGAGGUGCAUUUGAUGCCCUCAUGUUUGGGAUAUAUAUGACAUUUUAUCGUAUGGUACUUGUAUGA